AGAGUAGAAAUAAUUAUUUCACGGUUCACUGAAAAAAUCUAAUCCUCCGCCGAACGGUGUCGCCGUCGAAGAGGAGAGACGAUGAACAACUCCACCAGAAUCCUCUCUCUCUUCUCUCCUCCUCCUCCUAUCUUACGUGGCCUCUUCAUCAGCCGCUUAACCAAUCUCCGCCGUCUCCACCGUCUCGCCUCUGCUCCUUCCUUCGUUAACUCAUCCCAUCGACGUUCUCCGCUGUCUUUUCCGCCGCUUAUCCCCACGAUACCUCCCGGGCGGUUCCAUACUCACCGAGCUCGUACCUCCGCCUCCGAUUCUGUUCCUUCUCAUCACCACCAGCUGCCUGAAUGGGCGGAGCUGAUCAAGUCUCUCUCCAAAGCUGGUUACUUUACAGAUUCCGGUUUUGAAAACGAGUUCUUUCCCGGUUUACCAGAAGAGCUUCUCCGUCCGGGUAUUGCUUGCUUGGCUUUAGCUCGUGAUCGACCCGAGUUGCUUGAAAUGGUUUCGAGGAGAGAUGUUCAAGUGGUGGUGGAGAAUGUGAAGCCGUUCUUGUUUAGGACAGGUCCUGAUUCUCUCAAAAGGAUGAGGCUUUACCUAACAAGUGGUCGUCAGGGCAUUGGUAAGGUAGUGGAUAUGGAUAAGGCGAGUUCAGUGGAUUUGAUGAGGCUUCUUUUGAGUUAUGUUGUGGAUUUUGCUUAUUCUGAAGGAAGCAAACACCAUGACCGAGAGAUCAUGGAGUCGGCGGUUCGAAACCUUUUGAGCGAGAUAGCAAAGAUGAGCUUACGUACUCCUGAGUCGAACGCAAUGCAAAAUAAGUUCUCGGAGAGAAAUGGAGGUUCAUUUCAGAAGAACGUUGAGAUGAAACGAGGUGAUUGGAUUUGCUCGAGGUGCAGUGGCAUGAACUUUGCGAGAAAUGUCAAAUGCUUCCAGUGUCAUGAAGCAAGACCAAAGAGACAGCUAACUGGUAGCGAAUGGGAGUGUCCCCAAUGCGAUUUCUACAAUUACGGUAGGAACAUAGCCUGCUUAAGAUGCGACUGCAAGCGACCGAGAGACUUCUCACUCAAUUCAGCCAACUCUGCUUAUUCGAAAGAUCCUGAACUUGAGAGAAGACUGGUGGAAAAUGAAGAGAAAGCACAGAGGUGGUUUAGUAAACUAGAGCACGGUGGUUCUGAUGCAAACAGUGUUGAUACAGAUGAAGAUUUCCCGGAGAUUAUGCCUUUGAGGAAAGGAGUGAAUAGAUAUGUUGUUAACACGAGAAAAACACCUCUUGAGAGAAGGCUGGCCAAUGCUGAGACAGAUGGAAACUCGAAAGGGAGUGAUGAUAAGGCGUUGGGAACUCAAACGAAUAGGAGCCUGAAUGAGAUUCUUGGCUCUACAUCCUCUUUGGCUUCUUCCAGGAGGUUUGAAUCUUCUCAGGUAGUUAACUCUGAUUUUGUCCCCUUCGUGCCACUACCUUCCGAUAUGUUUGCCAAGAAGCCUGACAAGGAGGGCACACAGAAAGGUCAAAUGGACGAUGUCUCAGACGACAAUGGAAUCCUCUAUAAAGAGGACAAGUCAAGUGGCAAAGAAACAGAUCAACCUGAAAAAGAUGAGAAAGGAUCAGAUUGGUUGAAGAAGAUCACAGAACUGCACAAGGUUUCUGAUCCUGAAAGCUUAAUAGCGGAAGAGAAUUCUCCUGAGAAAAUACCAAUGCGUAAAGGAGAGAAUCAGUAUGUGGUUAGCAGGAAGAAAGACCGUUCACUGACUUCUCCAGCAAACAAGAGACGAAUGUCCAUUGAGACAAAAGACUCAGACUUUGUCCCUUUUGUCCCUUUCCCACCUGACUAUUUCGCCGAACACAAACAGCCGGAGGAAACAACAACAACAACAACAGAUACUAUUUCAGCUCCCGUUACUAAAAACCCUUCUCAGGUAGUACAAAAAGAACCUUCAAGUAGCAUUCCAGAACCAAUGGCAGGGAAUAUCAGAAAUGGAAAGAGCUUGGAGGGUUCGUUAGUGAAGGAGCCUGACUUGUUGGACAUGUCGGAGGAAGCUAAAGCAGAGAGAUGGUUUAAGCGAGUGGCUGAGAUUAAGAACAUAUCAGAGCUAAGUCAGAUCCCUGACGAAGAUUUCCCGUCGAUUAUGCCAAUGAGGAAAGGAGUGAAUAGGUUUGUCGUCAGCAAAAGAAAAACUCCACUAGAACGGCGUUUAGCUUCUCAACGCCAGCAGAGAGAUCCUCCUCCAUUCACCGAUUCUGAUCCAGCCAGUAACAGAGAUGCAUGAACUUGUAACAUAACAAUUUUUGUACCACUAUUUUAUUAUUUAUUACAAAUUAUGAGAUUUAUUACAUCUAUAAAGUAAUAAACAAAAUUAUUUGGACA